CUCCCCUUGCCUCGUGCAAGUGGGAGGGUGUUUGUCCCAGCCCGGGACUCACGAGCCCAAGAAGAAGCCUGAUUGGUUGGCUGGCUCGUGGUGGGCGGGGCUUGCUGAGAGGCCGAGCGUUUCCCCGCUCUGGCCUCUCAGUCGGCUGUUUGUUUCCGAUUAGGAAGGAGCUCAGUCCGGGAGCUCCUUCCUCGAAGGCCUUAGUUGGGGGGGUGCGCCCGACAAGCGGGCGAGGCGGCAUUCGGCGGCGUUCCGUCGAGGGGGCCAUAGUGUCAGCGGUGGCCCCGCUGGUAGGGGGGUACUCCCGGGACUGCUCCCGGCUGGGUUGCAGCUGCAGCAGCAGCGUCUUUGGGCCUCUUCAGCGCGGCGUCGGCACUCGGCUUCCUGGGCGUGGUUUUCCUUCUGGGCGUUUGCCCUUUUGGUUUGUGGGGUAUUUGGGGGGUUUCCAUCAGCCUGGGUGGCUGGGCAGCGGCCCCUUUUCCAUUCCCUGGAGCACUACUUUUGAUGCCAACAUUCUUUUAUUUGUUUGGUGGGUAGCAGGUGGGUGUUUGUGCUCAUCGGUGCCCUGGUGGGCCUGGCCUGGUUGAGAGUCAAAAGGCCUUUUCAAGCCUUCUCCUUGGGUGGGGGGCUCUGGUGCUUUCCUGGAUAGGAUUGAGUAUUGUUUUUGAUUCAGGACAAGGGCUUGGCUUUUGUUCUAUAUCCUUGCUACCUUCAUUCUGUGCGUGGUUGGCGCUUUUUUCCUCCAACCCCUUUUGGAAUCCCACUAUUUGGAGGCAGUAUGCCGGGGAAGGCCAAGGGCAAGAAAGGGGGGCGCCCUGUUAAGCAGCCCAAGAGGCCUGCUCCCCCGCAGUCCUCCUCGGAGGAGGAGGAUGAGGAGAUGACUCUGAUACGGGGGUUAAUUAAUAGGAUGGAAGCUUUAGAGAAAGCAAAAGCAGCCCCCUCCGACAAAGGUGCGGGUCCUUCAGGUGUGGGGGGGGUGCCUCCUCCUAAGGUCCCUCGGAGGACCAGUGGUUCUGUGAAAAGCCAGCUGCUAACUUCUCUCUCUAGUAGGCUGGCUGCGCUGGAAGAAGGGCUGAACCCUGCUGGACCGGGCCCUUCUGCUCCUGCGUUACCGCUUCCUGAACCUGAGUCUCCAGUUCCGGAGUCGCCUUCACCAUUGCUACCUCCGCCUGCGGCACCAGUUGUUCAGCCUCCAGUGGAUACGGCUACUCCUUUGGCCCAGGGUGCUGGCGGGGCGGCGGUCCCGGUCCGAGUCCUGAUGUGUGGCCAUUCAUUGGUCUUCUGGGCUUUCAAGCGGGCCAGCACCACCCGCUGGGGAUCCCAGUUGAGUUUAGGAAGCAAGGCUUCAGUUUAUUGGUUGGGCAUGAGGGUCAUGCUCUGGAAUCAGUUGCUUCCAGCAUUGAGGGAGCAUUUAGAUAGGUUUCCCAUUCCCGACAUCCUGGUUCUUCAUUUAGGGGAGAAUGAUUUGGGCCGGCGGCCUGGCCUCGCCAUCCUUCAGCAAGCCUCCUCGGAUUUGUCUAUUUUGCGCAGCUGGAUGCCUGGCGUGCGCAUAAUAUGGGUUAAUUGGCUCCAGCGCGGGGUGUGGCGGGGUGCUCAUUCUUGCCUUAGCUUGGAAAAGGCACGCAGGAAGAUUUCAGCCGCAAUAGGUAAAGUGGUUUUGGCGGCCGGGGGGUCUGUGGUGCGGCAGCCAGAUAUAGCUGCUCGCUUUCCCGAGUUAUUCCGCCCUGACGGGGUCCACCUGUCUGAGAAAGGUUGUGAUUUGUAUCUGCAUAAUAUCCGGGAAGUGCUUGCUGAAGGUUUGGAGGGGGUGGGGCAGGAAGGUCAAGCGAGGGCUAACCUUCCUGGGUGGCGGUAACAGUGCGGGCUGUGGGUAAGGAGGUCUAGAUUUCGGUGAGCACCCUUGGACAUUUUAAGGUGGAUUGGUCAAUUGCUUCCUUGUGGCCUGUGCGGCACGGGAAGAAUUACAUUGCCAAGAAACCUGCUUCAGGACUUCACCUACCUUUGGGCUGUGCGGUCCGGGGAGGUAAAGAUCUGAAGCUGUCCAGAUCCCCUCUUCUAAAAGGGGUGGUUGGCUUUGAAGGAAUUGGGCGGGAGCUACCUGCCUCUUUCCUGAGCCAGGGUGUGUCGCCCUUGCAGGCGAUGGGUAGGACGUUUUGAAUCCUAGCCCACGCCUAGGUGCCCGCACUGUUUUUAUGUUGGUGAUUAAUCACCUUGUUUCCAGUCCGCCACAAAUGUUGUUAUAUUAAUAAAGCGUGGCCCGUUUCUCCCAUUAAAAAAAUGUCUCUGUGUCUUCUUGGGCUGGGGUCUGGGUACAAUCCCCCUCCCCUUGCCUCGUGCAAGUGGGAGGGUGUUUGUCCCAGCCCGGGACUCACGAGCCCAAGAAGAAGCCUGAUUGGUUGGCUGGCUCGUGGUGGGCGGGGCUUGCUGAGAGGCCGAGCGUUUCCCCGCUCUGGCCUCUCAGUCGGCUGUUUGUUUCCCCCUCCCUCCCUCCCUGUUGCAGAGCGGGUCUAGUGACUGGUCGCCUAUGGGCCGAGUAGGAAUUUUUUGCUCUCAACUUAUUGGCUGUUGUUGGGGUUUUUUUCGCCUACUCUGUUCUGCAGUCAGUUGGUAGUUAGGUUCUAGGUUGGCCACGUUGGCGGUAACAGUGCGGGCUGUGGGUAAGGAGGUCUAGAUUUCGGUGAGCACCCUUGGACAUUUUAAGGUGGAUUGGUCAAUUGCUUCCUUGUGGCCUGUGCGGCACGGGAAGAAUUACAUUGCCAAGAAACCUGCUUCAGGACUUCACCUACCUUUGGGCUGUGCGGUCCGGGGAGGUAAAGAUCUGAAGCUGUCCAGAUCCCCUCUUCUAAAAGGGGUGGUUGGCUUUGAAGGAAUUGGGCGGGAGCUACCUGCCUCUUUCCUGAGCCAGGGUGUGUCGCCCUUGCAGGCGAUGGGUAGGACGUUUUGAAUCCUAGCCCACGCCUAGGUGCCCGCACUGUUUUUAUGUUGGUGAUUAAUCACCUUGUUUCCAGUCCGCCACAAAUGUUGUUAUAUUAAUAAAGCGUGGCCCGUUUCUCCCAUUAAAAAAA